GCGCGGGCGGCCUCGGCGGCGCGUACGGCUCGGGCCGCGCCUACGGCGCCAGCGGCAUGUACGGCGCGGGCGGCCUGUACGGCGCGGGCGGCGCGUACGGAGGCGGGGGCGACUGCGGCACGGCGUGCUGCGCGACCACCACCUCCUGCAUGGGCUGCGGCCCCGGCGCCGGCGCGGCGUGCGCUGAGGGCUCGGGCUGCGGCGGCGGCGGCGGCACGAUCCUGAGCUACGUGGGCCCGGGGGGCGACUACGUCCAGGAGACCACGUACAAGUACGUGGGCAUGGGCGCGGGCGAGUUCGGGGCGGUCCGCAUCCCUGGGCGCGGCCCGAACUGCUGCCUGAUCUGCCUCGUGCCCCUGGGGCUGUCGCUCCUCCUGCUGCCCCUCCUGCUCUUCGCGAUGGCGCCGGGCUCGACGACGACCACGACGACGACGACCACCACCCCGGUGAUCAUCACGACCACUCCGCCGCCGGACACCACCACCGCGAAGACCACCACCACGAAGGCCACGACGGCUGCGCCCCCGCCCCCGCCCCCGCCGCCCCCGCCCCCGCCGCCGCCCCCCCCGCCCCCGCCGCCCCCGCCGCCCACGACCACGGAGAUCCGGAAGAAGAUCAACUGCGGCGAGGGCGACGUCGUGUCUUGGGAUGUGCCCAAGAAGGUGUACUGCUGCCUGCACGAGGGCAAGGGCUGCCCGACGACACCGGCUGCGCCCAGCACCAUGCCGGCGCCGGUCGUGCCCGUCGCGCCGGUCGCGCCGGUGGUGACAACGGCGAUGAGCACCACGUCCCCGUGCCCGAUCGACUGCAACGCCGGCUACAACGACCUCGACCCGCUGCAGUGGGUGCGCGGCUGGUCUGGCGAGAAGAAGAUCUACUGCUGCAAGACUGCCAACAAGGGCUGCCCCUCGGAGCUGCCCCCGCCCUCGGGCCUCCCGCAGGGCGACGCGCCCCCCGAGGAGGACAAGAGCCAGUACGACUGCGACGCGGGCUACCACCACUGCAUGCACUGCCUGGAGCUGUCGUGGUCCCCGGGGAAGAUCGCCUACUGCUGCAAGAACCAGCACAAGGGCUGCAAGGGCGAGGAGCCGGAGUGA